AAUGUCAAAUAAUCACGAAAGAUAGUCAGAUAUAUACUCCAUAUCCCAAGAUUUUUAAAAAUGUAAUUAUAAAUCACGAAGUUUACAAUUUAAACCAAACUUCACAUCUUAGCUUAUUUUUGCCAAAAAUGAGACGGAUGAGAUAAUUGCGAAAAUUGUAAACUUUGUGAAUUGAUAAUUCAAUUUUGAAAAGUGUCCAAAAGAACAAGAAUUUGACCAUCCUUCAUGAUUUAUCAAGCAAUUUGCCCUACUUUAAUUAAAAUAUUUAGUUAGUCGUUUUAGUGGACUAUUAUAACUUAGAGUAAACGUGACACACAUCAUAAUACGGUUGAAAUAGGAUAUGAUCUACUUUGGUAACAUUGAUUCACGUUUUGAUUUUGCAAAAAACUUACCUUUUCUUGAAGAUAUGCUCUCUCUCUUUCUCUGGAAUUUUACAAACGUUAGAAGUAAGUAGCUUUCACUGCCAUUCCAACUGCUACAGUUUUCCAAAAUUUCCAAAAUUUUCAUGUGGCCUUGCAUACAUAUUAGCUGGCCUUAACGUUUUCACACAUUUUGCAAAGUGAAUAAAAAAUCACUAUAAAAUAAAAAACAGAGAUAUAGUCCAUAUCUUUAGCUAGAUAAUUUCAUUGUGUUGUUUGCUCUCUCUGCAAAUUCAAGAUCAUUUCCAAGGCAAAGAUGAAUGAAUCUGCAGAUGAUUAUUAUAGCCAUGAAUUUGAUUAUCAGUCAGAUUUCACACAGUUCUUGAAAGAAGCCAAAAACAGCACCUUCCAAGUGAAUCUAAAUGGAGUAGAGAAAAAGGAGACAAAACAGUUGGAUUGGGAAAAAAAGCACAGGAAAUCAUGGAAAAAAUCCCUAUUUUCUUGGUUGAAGAAUGGCACUAGAAGUAAAAGUAAAACACUCAACCAACCAUCUCACUCUCACACCACUUGCCCGCCCUCGAGGGCGAAGCGCGCCAACAUGUCAGGCCCAAUCAGACGAUCUACUGGUGUUGUCAGCGCAUCGUCUGAAAGGACCCGUCGUGCGGCGUCUGGGCCCCUGGCCGGGCUUUUUGGUUCGACCGGGAGCCCGAAAGGAGCAUACAUGUGCCUUGGAGAGAUUAAGGAGCAGAAGAUUCAAGCUUAUGGGCCUAUAUAUAUGGUCACAUAGAUGUUUUUUUGGGAGAUAUAUAAUUUAUUGAAUUUUGGAUGAGUUGAGACAACAAUUGGAUAAUUGUUUGGUGCCAUCUUGUUGUAGACCACAUAUUUUGCUUGCAGUUGGGUCAACAUGGCAUAUUGGCAAUGGCACCACCCCUAAUAAAAGUUUAUGUUUUUAUUA